AUGCGCCUCUACCUCUCGCUAUUUCUCCUUCUUCUCACCGCGAGUCUCGUCACUUCUGAGUAUUGGGUGGGGAAGGCGGGAACAACAACAACGACCUGGGACGGCUGCGUACCGGCCUGUGCCUACCAUAAAACCGUGCUAGCCUGCGAUCGGCACAACAAUCCUCUAAUUUGGAACAAAGAAAGAGGCAAGCAGUAUGCCAACGCCUGCUUUCCAAGUGAAGUUCAGGAGUGGUCGGAACACAUCCGGCCUCGCCUUGCUUUCACCUGUGAUUACUUUCAGCCGAGGUUAUCUCGUGACGAAAGAGGUGUUUCGGUUUCGGUGGGCUUCGCGGGCAAUUCCGACCCCGGCAACUGUGGCAGCUGUUUUCGUCUUCAGUGGACCGGAGGCCCGGCAAAAGGCCAAGAAAUGGUAGUCAUGGUCAUCAAUAAUGGUGGCGUCCCUCCUGACGGCUUCGAUCUCUACAUGGCCGGUGGGGGUCCGGGAGAUUACGAUGCUACUGCUCUCAAGUACAACUACAAAGAAAAAGAAAAAAAGCAUUACGAAGGGGGACGACAAAAGGGGGGUACGACUAGCAGGAGCGAUUGCGGAAAGAUCGAUAACCCACAGCUUAAGGCCGGCUGCCUGUGGCGAUACGACUGGGCCAACGAUGGCAGACACGGCCUGUCCCUCAACGAGGCGCCGAUGAAAUACAAAGAGGAGCAAUGCCCAAAGAUCCUGCUCAACAUCGCCGAUGGUAGCUAUGCGCGCUACGUACAGAGGAUAAGACAAGGCUCGUCGGGCGGCUCAAGGUACCGUAAGCCGCAUCCCACAUCCAACGAGCUUCAAAUACGCGAACCUCAAGAGUAAGAAAUCUCGAGCCUACCCUCUCCUACCUAUGACAUCGGCUUGCAGACCUGGCCAUCGCACCGUAUU